ACACGGCGGUCAGGCGACGGAUCUCACCCUGCUGCACCGCCCAGGCGCCGGGACCGAGCGCUGCCGGUCCCCUGCACUGUCCCGGCGACUGCCCCCAACCCCCUCCAACUCCCCUCGUCCUCGUCCCUCCAGCAGCAACAUGGAUCCGGCGGGCCGGUGCACACCCUUCCCUUCACCAGCCCGAGCGCCCCGCUGGCGUGCCUCCAGCACUGGCUCUACGCGGCACAGCAGUCCACUCCUCCCCACGCCGCCCACACCCUCCCAUCUACCGGAUCAGGUCGUGGCUCCCCUCCUGCUCCUAUCUUCCUCCCCUGCGGCAGCUCCACUCCGGCCCCAGCAGAACCUCUCCUAUGGCUCAAGAUCCAUCAAGAUGGCUCCCCGUGCAGUCCGGCGACCACGGACGUGCAGCUCGCAUGCACAAAAUGUUGUUCAGUGCUCUUGCGUGUGUAGUUCAUGAGCGCGCGGCGACGACGGCAGCAACGCAUUGCACUCCGGUAGUUGCCGUGGUACCCUCUGGUGGUCGUUGUGGUUCAGCUCAGUGGCUGGCCAGCUUGGUGACGCGACAGGUGCAGUCAGCUGAGCGAUACUCUUCUCCAAGCGAGAAGAGGAGGGCGAUUUUGGUUCUUGUCCCCGUGCAGUUCAGGCGAUGCGCCCAUGCGGUGUGGAGCACAUGUGUAUGUAGUCCAUCGUCCAUGCGUCUACUACAGAUCGCAUAGUGGUGUAGUUGGCCGUUGAACCCGUGUUGAAGUUUUAUUUCGCCCUGCGUGCGUGAUGCAGUUUUGCGUCUCCCUCGGGUGGACGCAUAGCUACACUCCAGAUCGCCCAGUAUUGCAACCCAUUCCUUCCUUUACUUAUUUUUGCAGGAAAGAAUGUGGUGUAGUUCGGUUGGAUGUCCCGUUGGAGUUUGACCUUGUGCCAUUUCAGAUUAUAUUGUGCAGUGCGACAUGAGUUUCUCUGCUUGGGGUUCUCCGGGUACUUUAGUUGGGCUACUCGGAGAUAGAAAUUUCUGUGUACAGUAUAUCGUUGUAUGGUUGUGUAAAAAAAAUAUGAAUUUGUCUGUUGAGCAUUCUGAAGAGCUGAUGUUAUAUUUUUUACUUCGAGAAAUAUGAUGUGGUCUAUUAUGUGGUGGUUGGUAG